AUGGAGUCGCCUCCGGUGGAGGUGAGCGAGUUGGAUGUUGGAUCGGCGAGUGAUGAGGUCGAGUCCAUGGAGACCUCAGUGAGACCUUCACCCAAACCUUUUACUAUUGAGAGUUUGAUUGGGAAUAGGGGACACGUUGUUGGGGGGGAGAGGCGAGAUUAUCGGUGUGAUAAGAAUGGGGAGGGAAAGGGGAGUGAGAGGGAGAGGGAGUUUUUGUAUCAGCAGCAUUGUUUUGCGACGGCUACCAGUGCACUCCCCGGAUUUGCGAUGCCACUUAGUUUGUACAGUGCCUGGUUACCAAUGCGAAUGUACGGUGGUGGUGUACCUGGUGGGCCUAUUCUGCCACCUCAUCUGUCAGCAAGUUAUCCUGCCCAUCAGAGCCAUCAGGCCCAAUUACCCCAUCACCUCAAUCUCAGUUUGAAUCAUCUCCAGGGAGCUGCAUUCCCUGGACAUCGAGAUGCUCAGGCCAAUGGACUGACUGACAGCGAGGACGAAGGAAGUCUAUCACCCGUUCAAGAUCUUUCAAAAUCACAACAUGGUUCCGAGAGCGGUCGAAUAUCCCCGGAAUCGGAGGAGGAAGGUGUGACAGUGGACCCAGGUCUAUCCCAGAACUCCUCGGUUUCUCCAGCCUCCGGGAACGCGAGCAAAGGCCGUCGAAGAAGAACGGCAUUCACGUCAGAGCAACUCCUAGAGCUCGAACGUGAAUUCCACGCCAAGAAGUACCUCUCCCUGACAGAACGCUCCCACAUAGCACACGCCCUGAAGCUCUCCGAGGUCCAGGUGAAAAUUUGGUUUCAGAAUCGCAGGGCUAAAUGGAAGAGAGUCAAAGCGGGUUUGACAACGGGUGGAGCGGGUUCAGCAGGUCGACACGCAGUUCCUGGACAGCAGGGAAAUUCAGGACCUAGAAUUGUCGUGCCAAUUCCUGUUCAUGUCAGCAGACUGGCAGUCAGGUCACACCAUCAUCAUCUCGAGAAGUGCCCGACGGGAAACUCCGGGAGACCAACUGACUCACUGACAUCUGGACUUUCAGGAAGACUUUCUUCAUCACUCGUUGGUGUGUCACAUAGUCUUGGAUCUGGUGGAGGACUCAGGGCUUUUACUGCACCUAGUUCCUCGAGGAGGUAGCUGACUGUCUAAUUGUCAUCCUGGUCUUCAC